CUUUGAACCUCAUCUUCCGGCUUUAUCGCCUCGUACAUUUCGAUCUUCGGUCCUUUCUUUCUUUCGAGAGUAAAUCGGCCAAGAUGUCGCUCGUGAUUCCUGAGAAGUUCCAACAUAUUCUUCGUGUCAUGGGCACGAAUAUCGACGGUAACAGGAAAGUCAUGUUUGCCAUGACUGCGAUCAAGGGUGUUGGUCGACGUUACGCCAAUAUUGUGUUGAAGAAAGCUGAUAUUGACUUGGACAAGCGAGCUGGAGAAUGCUCGGAGGAAGAGGUUGAAAAAAUUGUUACUAUUAUGGCCAAUCCUAGGCAGUACAAAAUUCCAGACUGGUUCCUCAAUAGGCAGAAAGAUAUUGUUGAUGGAAAAUAUUCGCAGCUUACCAGCGCCAACUUGGACUCUAAACUGCGUGAGGAUCUGGAGAGAAUGAAGAAAAUUCGUGCUCACAGGGGCCUGCGUCACUACUGGGGUCUUCGUGUGCGUGGUCAGCACACCAAGACCACCGGUCGUCGCGGACGCACGGUCGGUGUGUCGAAAAAGAAGUAAUUUAUACAUAUAUUGUACGUAUUAACAAUAAAUUUUUAAACAAUAA